AUGAAUAAAGAUUGCUUGGGCCCAAAUGUAGAGCGAAGGAGAAUUUUGAGUGGAGAAUUGAGGCAAAGCCUAUCCAACAUCGUCAACGCAGUUGUUCUAGAUGAUACUGGAGAAUGGAAAUUAAAUUUGGUCGAACAAAUCUUUCAGUUAUUGCAACCAUCGUUCGAUUCAGUCAUCAACCAUUCAGUUCCUGCAACCGCAACAGUAAAGAGUGAAGAGCACAAUUCGGGUAAACCGAAGUUUGAGCUCGGUCCUUCCGAUUCUUCAAGCGAUCUAACGUUUUGCAAGCCUAUGGGCUCUUCUUCCCAUUUUGAACAAGGAGUAUCCAGUGAUGUCGGUGUCCAAGUGGAUCUCGCGAAUUUGGGUUCGUUACCGGUGUACGACCCAUCCAAUGAUAAACCGGAUGCUGUUACGCUGAACACUCUUAUAACGAGACUGAAAACAACCGGUAUUGCAUGGCAAGAUUUCGCUAACAUGAAAGACAAGGAGAUAGUUGAAUUGUUGAAUAUGGGAUAUAUGAAACAACGAGAAUUGGAAAGUAAGUUGGGUUCGGAUUUGGUGCGAGCCGUUUCUUUGCGUCGUAUGCAUAUCUCAUCAAGUUCGAAUAUUGCUCUCAAUGAACUACCUUUCAAACAGUUCGACUAUUCAGUUGUAUCGGGUGCAUGUUGUGAGAACGUGAUUGGUUAUGUACCUAUACCAACUGGUGUUGCUGGUCCUCUGGUAGUAAAUGGACGCCGAUAUUUGAUUCCGCUGGCAACCACUGAAGGUGCUCUUGUUGCUAGCACGAAUCGUGGAUGCAGGGCAAUUACGGAAUCUGGUGGCGUAACAGCUCGUGUGUAUAAAGAUGCAAUGACACGUGCACCUGUUGUGCAACUGGAAAAUGCAAUUAAAGCACUAGAACUGAAAGAAUGGCUCGAAGAUGCAUCGAAUUUCGCAGAAUUGAAGAAAGUGUUCGAUGCAACAAGCAACUAUGCACGACUGCAGAGGUUAGAUGCAGACCCGAAUGGUCGUCUUUUGUAUAUUCGCUUCGAAGCGAAAACCGGUGAUGCGAUGGGGAUGAAUAUGGUGUCGAAGGGUGUGAGUGCAGUCAUGACGAACAUCAAGCAACGAUUCCCUUCAGUGAAAUUGAUCUCGUUAUCUGGCAACUACUGUGUCGAUAAGAAAGCUUGUGCUCUGAAUUGGAUAAAAGGACGCGGCAAAUCGCUUGUGUCGGAGGCCGUAAUACCGUCUGCAGUUGUUCGGAAUAUACUGAAAACAGACGUGGAUUCGAUGUGCCGAUUAGCAGAAAGUAAAUUGUUGAUUGGUUCAUCAAUGGCUGGCACUAUUGGCGGAUGGAACGCACAUGCUGCAAAUAUCGUUGCUGCUAUCUUUAUCGCCACAGGACAGGACGCAGCGCAGGUUGUUUCAAGUAGUAUGUGCAUGACAACAUUUGAGAAAACUUCAUUGGGUGAUUUGUAUAUCUCGUGUAAUAUGCGAUGUCUGGAAGUAGGUACUGUGGGUGGUGGCACCAUUCUUCCUGCUCAGAAAGCUUGUCUUAAGAUGCUUGGAUGUGCAGGUGCGAAUAGGCAAAGUGCAGGUGAUAACUCGAAACGUUUGGCUGAAAUUAUUUGCGGUGCUGUGAUGGCUGGUGAAUUAUCGCUGAUGGCUGCUCAAUGUUCUGAUGAUCUCAUCAAAAGUCAUCUCAAAUUGAACAGGUCAUCGCGUGUUUUGCAAAAAGUCGAUAUUUCACCGAAGUCCUUAGUACCACCCGUGCGGCAGCGGUGUUGUUCGGAUGAAGCUGAAGCCGCCAUUAAACUGCCUUCACCAGAAAAAACAUUUGAAGUUUCGGUACGCGAUAAAUCGAAUCCGAAGAAAAAAGUUCAAAUUGAAGCAACUUGCUCGAAUUUACUUUAG